AUUGAUUUAAAUCCUGAGUUGGUUGAUAAGUAUUUCGAGUAGGAAACAAGAUUGUAAUCACUAAAAAGUGAUUACAACAUUGGUGCCGUUGCCAGCCGAAACCUAAGGUUUAAUAUUUUUUUAUAUUCCACAACAAAUGAAAUUGAGAAAUACAAAAUUAACAAAGACUUUCAAUUUUCAAAAUUCAAAUAAAAUUAACAAACAAGUACAGAUUAGAUCCCUGUACAGAAGAACAACGUGGAAUGUUAGAGGAAAUGUCCGACAGGAUAAGGAGGCACGAAAGGAGAUCUCCACGAGACCUGUACAAUGGCCGCACGAGUACAGGUAGACCCUAUUGCACAAAUUGUCAUCAGGUAGGUCAUCUUAACGUAGUAUGUCGAAGGCCAACAUUUGAUCCUAAUCCCAAUGGUCGAGCAAUGGCAGUGGACCAUUGUAAAAGUGAUGUCGUCAAACAGUUAUACCAGAAAGAAGCGCAAUUCAGAUUAGGGCUUGUGCUAACAUGCAAAGCGUCUGCAUAUGGCGUAAAAUUACAGAAGGGGGCAGACAUGAUGGUCACACCAAAGCCUGAAUUUGUUUGUUUCAUCUAUGACCAUUGGACGAAGAUUUUGGAGGCUCGAGUGGCGGAUGUCAAAAGUCCGCCACUCAAAGAACUUGGUGAUUUCUGGUUAUCUUUCGAUGACACUAAUGAGGAUUUGGACGACGAAGAGAACCCUUUCGCCAAAACGGUAAGUUAUAUUUUUCUAUCAUCAUUUUUUACUUUUUCUCACAUUUAUGUCUCAAAAUUAAAAUAGUUCGCUUUUAAUGUCUCAAAAUUAACAUUUGCCACCAUUACUCAUAUUAAUUUUGUUUAAUAUUAUUUUUUGAUAAUUAAUUAUUUAAUUUAUCUAUUUAUUUCUUUUAUUUAUUCAUUUAUUUCAGCACCAACAGAAUUCAAAGAAAGCGUCGGAGACAGAAGAAAAGACACAGAAACGGUUAAACUUCGCGAAAACUGAUGUAAGUUAUUGUUGUAUUAUGUCAAUUUUAACCACUUUUAUAAACCUAUGAUAAAAAUUAACUGUGAGUUGCCAGGUUGCGACAAAUAACAAAGGUGCGAGUAAAGAUGUGCCACCUGCAACCAAAGAUGCUACAAGCAGGACACACUCUCCAUCUAUAAUAUUGAUCUAAAUGCAUGCUAUGAAAAAUGUGCUUGUUUAUUUCAGACUUCACUGGCCAAACAUCAAUCUUCAGGAGCGUUACAC